GUCGUGGGAAGAGGCGUAUGCUGCGCCGGGGCAGGACGCGCCUGCCGACUGGCUGGCGGAGUACGAUGAGGUGCGGCCGCUGCUGGCGGCGGCGUUGCCGGGCCGCGGCUCGCUGCUCGAGCUUGGGUGCGGCACUUCGCCCCUCGCGGCGCAGCUCUACGCCGAGGGCCGCUACGAGCGAGUCGUCGCCAUAGACGGCAGCAAGACUGCCAUCGCCGCGCAGCGAGAGCGGCGCGCGGCGCAGUGCGGACACGCAACGCUCUGCACGAGAGGGCUCUGCUACGAGGUUUGCGACGCGCGCAGCACGCCCUUCGCCGACGCCGUCUUUGGGGGCGCGGUGGACAAGGGUUUGCUCGACGCAGCGCUCUGCAGCGAGGGCUUCGACUACGAGGCGGGCCUCCUCGCCGGCGAGGUCGCCAGGCUGCUCUCCGACGGAGGCGUCUGGGUGAGCCUCUCCCUCUCGCCGCCGUCGGUGGUGCUGCCCCUCCUCUCGAGCCUCCCGCAUUGGGCCUCCCUCGACACGCAGCCCCACCCGAGCGCGGCCGGCGUGUUUAGCUACGUCGCCACGCGCGCGGAGCGGCGCCCCGCUGCCCGGCUCCCGGCAUAACGUAAGAAGCGUGAGAAGAAGAAAAGAAA